AUAAAUAAAUGUGGAGGAUAACCGAGGCUAAACUAGGACAUAUGGUUUUUUUUUUAAGUCUUCAUCUUCACUAAGCAACAGAAGAAACAAAACAAACUCACAAAGGCAACAACAUUAGUCAAACAAAGAAGAGAAGUUGUUUGGAAUUUCCCAAGUUCAACUAAAGAUGGAAGGUGAACAUCCUGACAGGUAUGCAGUGGUGACAGGUGCAAACAAAGGAAUUGGGUUAGAGAUAGUAAAGCAGUUAGCUUCAGCUGUAAUCAAAGUGGUGCUUACAUCAAGAGAUGAGAAAAGAGGUCUUCAUGCUUUGGAAACACUUAAAGCUUCUGGUCUUUCUGAUUUUGUUGUAUUUCAUCAACUAGAUGUUGCUGAUGCUUCAAGUGUAGCAUCUCUUGCAGAUUUUGUCAAAUCUCAAUUUGGAAAACUUGAUAUUCUGGUUAACAAUGCAGGGAUUGGCGGAGUUGAAAUUAAAGAUAGUGAUUUAUUCACUUCAGCCAUCAUUACAAACGGGGCACUACCUGAUGAAGAAUUGAGAAGGGCAGUAACACAAACAUAUGAGUCAGCUAAAGAAUGCAUCCAAAUAAAUUAUUAUGGGGCUAAGAGAACAUUUGAAUACCUUCUUCCCCUCCUUCAACUAUCUGAUUCACCAAGAGUAGUCAAUGUAUCAUCUGGAGCGGGCAAGAUAGAGAGUGUAUCAAAUGAGUGGGCUAAAGGAGUCUUCAGUGAUGUUGAAAAUCUUACAGAUGAGAGAAUAGAUGAAGUAAUAAAGGAGUUUAUCAAAGAUUUUGAACAAGGGUCCUUAGAAAGAAAAGGUUGGCCUAGGUUUAUAGCUCCCUAUACUAUUGCUAAAGCUUCUAUGAAUGCCUACACAAGAAUUACUGCAAAGAAGUAUCCUAACUUCUGCAUCAAUUGUGUUUGCCCUGGUUAUGUCAAAACCGAUAUAACUGCUAAUACCGGUUUCUUCACGGUAGAAGAAGGUGCUGCUCAUCCGGUUAGGUUAGCAUUACUUCCCAGCGGUAGUCCAUCUGGCCACUUCUAUGUUCGGAACGAAGCCUCUUCAUUUUGAUUGUUAUUAUAUUGUAAUCGUUUGUUUAAAUUAUAAGACACGUUACCAGAGUCUAGCUCAAGUGGUUGGUGCGCGUCAAAUGCGCAAGUGCUAUAAAUCUUACCGUUUCAAAUUCAAUUCCUACUAAUUUAAGAAA